AUGGCGAACCCCGACGUGGAAAAUUUGUUUUCUCUCUGCGACUCUGAAUCCAAGGGGUUCUUAACAAUGGAAGAUCUGAAAAAAGUCUGUCCGCAACUUGAUGACACUGAUCUUCGUUUCAUCUUUAAAGAGUUGGAUCAAGAUGGAUCAGGUCGGAUUGAAAAAAAAGAAUUCCUUCAAGGAUUCCAAGACACUGUACAACAAGGGGAGAGAUUGAAUGGAAUGCAACGCCGUGCAUCUGUUGCCAUCGAUGAUCCACCAAUGUUUCGUCGUGAUGAGUUAGUAUUUGACAGCGAGAGUGACUCUACUUCCUCUCGACCAGCGAUCCGUGUUUUCGAUGAGGAGCACUACCAUUCUGAAUCGGAUAGCAAUAUUAAUAUAGACUUCAGUGUUCCAUGCCAAGAAGAAGUGUUGGUCUUGUACGAGCAACUGCAGUCAUCAGGAGUUCCAGCAUUAUUGAGAAAAUUUGAACGGGUGGUGGGAUCAUUUCAUAAGGAACUUUCGGAAAAGAAGCAUGAGAACGAGAGACUCCAACGUAUUUAUGCAAGUGAACGCGAGAUGUACAAUCGCCGUAUGGAAGAAAUGGAGAGUGAGGUGGACCAGCAACUCGAACUCACAGAAAUGAAAGCUCGUCAGGAAGAGAGAGAUCGUCUCACUAAAGAAAAGGAGGAUAUGCGUCAAAGAAUGACUGAGGAAAUGUCCGAAAUGAGAAGCAACAUUGAACGUUUGACCAGAAUGGAAAAGGUUUUGGAACGCGAGAAUGAGAGACUCAAUCACCAAAAAGAUCUAUCCGAUAAGCUUAAGGUAGUCAACGAGGAGAACAACGACUUGCGACAGAAUCUUGCUGAAAAUCAUUUAGAAUUGGCUAUGAUCAAGAGUGAACUCGCCCAAGUCAGAGCUGAUUUUGACCAGAAGCAGGAUGAGCUCUCGGCUAGAAGAGACCAAGCAUCUCAUGCAACCGAGGAGAGUGAAUCCGUUAGAAAACAGUUGCAGCUCCUUUUCGAUGCAAACCGCAAACUCCACGAGACCAACGAGAGUCUCCGUGACGCAUUGGACAGUCGUGCAUCAGUUCUCAGACAAUUCAACCUGAGAACCCCUUCGCCAGGAUUGCUCAGCUCCAAUCGCAACUCAGUCGAGAACUUCCAAACCUCGACUAAUGUUUUCAGAUCGGUACCACUUCAUGCAAUCCCGAGCGAAGAGCCAAUGCCGGAGACUUCAUUGAUUCUAGAUGACGCUCAUAGUCUUCAUGGAAUGGAGAUUGCGGAAGGCCUUGUGGGUUUGAAUGACGCUAAUGGACCAGCUGAGAGAACUUUCCGAAUCGUUAUGUGUGGAGAUGCGGCAGUGGGAAAGAGUAGUUUCGUCAUGCGUGUCAUUCGUCGUCAGUUCACAAACCAGCUUCCCAGCACUCUCGGUGUCGAUUUCCACGUGAAAACUGUAAAUGUGGAUGGAAGAAAUGUUGCACUUCAGCUAUGGGAUACAGCUGGACAAGAAAGAUUCCGUUCACUCUGCAAGUCUUAUUUCCGUAGAGCAGAUGGAGCAAUUCUGGUAUAUGAUGUCUGUGCUGAGCACUCAUUCCUUCGUGUCCGUGAUUGGAUUGAGACUAUCAAGGAGUCUACUGAAAGAAGUAUUCCGAUUAUUCUAGUUGGUAACAAAGUGGACAUGCGUUUUCAAACUCCUGGAGCAGUCGCGAAAACAGAUGGGGCAAGCAUGGCGGCGGCGAUGGGAGUUCUAUUUAUGGAAACAAGUGCUCUUGAUGGAAGCAACAUUGAUAACGCUAUGUUAGCCCUUACAAGAGAGUUGAUGGCCGUGGAGGAUGUUGAAAUCCGUUCCACUGGUGUUGUAUUGAAUCCGGCAGCUGCCAAAAAGGGAGGAUGCUUCUCAAAGUGCCGUGGAUCUUAA